GGCUUUGCCCUCUGCAGGAAGCUGCAAAGAGAAAGCCCAGGGGAGGCGCGCUGCGGCCAGCAGGUGCACCUCUGAGGCCCGGAGUGGCCACGUUCUAGCCCCUCACCCCUGUGGGCAAGAACCUCGGCAGCCAUGGCGGGCAUGAAAACAGCCUCCGGGGACUACAUCGACUCAUCCUGGGAGCUGCGGGUGUUUGUGGGCGAGGAGGACCCCGAGGCCCAGUCGGUCACCCUCCGGGUCACUGGGGAGUCGCACAUCGGCGGGGUGCUCCUGAAGAUCGUGGAGGACAUCAAGCGGAAGCAGGACUGGUCGGACCACGCCAUCUGGUGGGAGCAGAAGCGGCAGUGGCUGCUGCAGACACACUGGACGCUGGACAAGUACGGCAUCCUGGCCGACGCGCGCCUCUUCUUCGGCCCGCAGCACCGGCCCGUGCUGCUGCGCCUGCCCAACCGGCGCGCACUGCGCCUGCGCCUCAGCUUCUCGCAGCCGCUCUUCCAGGCCGUGGCCGCCGCCUGCCGCCUGCUCAGUAUCCGUCACCCCGAGGAGCUGUCUCUGCUCCGGGCUCCCGAGAAGAAGGAGAAGAAGAAGAAGGAGAAGGAGGCGGAGGAGGAGGUCUAUGACCUCACGAAGGUGGUCCUGGCUGGGGGCGUGGCCCCCGUGCUGUUCCGGGGGAUGCCGGCCCACUUCUCGGACAGCGCCCACAACGAGGCCUGCUACCGCAUGCUGAGCCUCCCGCAGCCCCCGCCCGACCCACUCCUGCUCCAGCGCCUGCCGCGGCCCAGCGCCCUGCCCGACAAGACCCAGCUGCACAGCAGGUGGCUGGACUCGUCCCGGUGCCUCAUGCAGCAGGGCAUCAAGGCCGGGGACACGCUCUGGCUGCGUUUCAAGUACUACAGUUUCCUGGACCUGGACCCCAAGACGGACCCCGUGCGGCUGACGCAGUUGUACGAGCAGGCGCGCUGGGACCUGUUGCUGGAGGAGACGGACUGCACGGAGGAGGAGAUGAUGGUGUUCGCAGCCCUGCAGUACCACAUUAACAAGCUGACCCAGAGCGGGGAGGUGGGCGAGCAGGCCGGCUCUGACCCAGGGCUGGACGACCUGGACGCAGCCCUGAGCAACCUGGAGGUGAAGCUGGAGGGCUCAACGCCCAAGGAAGUGCUGGACAGCCUCACCACCAUCCCAGAGCUCAAGGACAAUCUGCGCAUCUUCCGGCCGCGGAAGCUGACCCUGAAGGGGUACCGCCAGCACUGGGUGGUGUUCAAGGACACCACCCUGUCCUACUACAAGAACCAGGAGGAGGCCCCAGGGGACCCCAUCCAGCAGCUUAACCUCAAGAGCUGUGAGGUGGUCCCCGACGUCAAUGUCUCCAGCCAGAAGUUCUGCAUCAAGCUGCUGGUGCCCUCCCCGGAGGGCAUGAGCGAAAUCCACCUGCGGUGCCAGGAUGAGCAGCAGUAUGCCCACUGGAUGGCCGCCUGCCGCCUGGCCUCCAAGGGCCGCACCAUGGCCGACAGCAGCUACAACAGCGAGGUACAGGCCAUCCUGGCCUUCCUCAGCCUGCAGCGCUCCGGAGGGGGUUCUGGGGACCCCACACAGGGUCCCGAUGCCACCACGGAGGGCCUCAACCCCUACGGCCUGGUGGCUCCCCGCUUUCAGCGCAAACUGAAGGCCAAGCAGCUCACGCCGCGGAUCCUGGAAGCCCACCAGCACGUGGCCCAGCUCUCGCUGUCCGAGGCCCAGCUGCGCUUCAUCCAGGCCUGGCAGUCCCUGCCCGACUUCGGCAUCUCCUAUUUCACUGUCAGGUUCAAGGGCAGCAGGAAAGACGAGAUCCUGGGCAUCGCCAACAACCGACUAAUCCGCAUUGACUUGGCCGUGGGUGACGUGGUCAAGACCUGGCGGUUCAGCAACAUGCGCCAGUGGAACGUCAACUGGGACAUUCAGCAGGUGGCCAUCGAAUUUGACGAACACAUCAACGUGGCUUUCAGCUGCAUGUCUGCCAGCUGUCGCAUCGUGCACGAGUACAUCGGGGGCUACAUCUUUCUGUCCACGCGGGAGCGGGCCCGAGGGGAGGAACUAGAUGAAGACCUCUUCCUCCAGCUCACCGGAGGCCACGAGGCCUUCUGAGGCUGGUCUUUCU